AUGUCCGGCCUUCCUUCCCCUGAGCGGCCCGCCGAGGCCAUGGACCCUCGUCCAGCUCUGCUGCAGGCUCACGAGCUAUUGCGCUCCAACGACCCGAUUACUCGUGACUUUGAACAAGCAAUCGUCGACGAUGACCGGGAUAUCGAUCCCUUUGCAAGGCGCCUUUCAAUCGAACCGACUCACCGUCAUCGUACCAGAAGUCGCAACCAGCAGCAGCAGCAGCAGGACAUAGCGCCUCGUUCCCGAGGCUCUUCUGUGUCCGAUAGCUCCUCGUCCCCACCAAACUCAGUCGAUGCCUUUGCCGACCCGCGCCGCCGCGAGCGCGCCAACACAGUGGGCAGCCACACCGAUCCUGAUCUUGACACCAUUCUGCAGCGUACCGUGUCUAAUGGAACCCACCAAAGGCGCCCGACAUUUAGCAAUGCCAGCGUCGUUCGGCCUGAACAAGGUGACGCAUUGGUCGACACUGCUCAAAGCGACUGCGGUUGCUCUUAUCAGGAACCCGGCCGGAUCCCAAUCAUUGACUACGAGGAACUCGAAGAAUUUGUUGCCCUGAACAAGAAGGACAAGGAUGCUGCUAUUAGCCGGAAGCAAAGCAUGAGCUCGCAAGCUCCCAAUGCUCGGAUUUUCAGUGAUCUGCGGCAGAAGGUCCAGAACCCAGCAAUUAUCGACCUUCCCGAUAUCGUCGUAGCCGACACGAGCCCGGAAUACUCUUCCGAUGGCUCCCCGCCAAACCUCAAGACUGAGCUAUCCGGAGAGACUAUUAACGAAAAGGAAUCAUUGGCAAGAUUGCAAAAUGCCAACUUGCCCACUCGGUUCAGCUUCUUUUCUUCCGAGUGCCAGAGUACUAUCCAUGCGGCAUAUAUGGGCGACCUCAUUCUUCCGGGAGAUUCCUUCCGCGAUCUGUUUCAGCUUGGUCCGGAGGGUGGUGUCUGGUGGUUGGAUGUCGUCAAUCCCACCGAGGCCGAACUCGGCGCACUUUCUCGUGCUUUUUCCAUCCAUCCUUUGACCGCUGAAGAUAUCAUGACCCAGGAGGCUCGCGAGAAGGUCGAAUUGUUCAAGCAGUACUAUUUUGUCUGUUUCCGGACCUGUUACCAUGUCGACAAGGACGACGAGCGUUUCCUAGAUCCUGUCAACAUCUACAUGGUCGUGUACCGCGAUGGUGUCUUGUCGUUUUCUUUUACAGAAUCCAAGCACGCCGCCAAUGUUCGCAAGCGCAUCGGUAAACUGCGCGACUAUGUCUCCCUGAGUAGUGAUUGGAUUUGUUAUGCCAUGAUUGACGACAUUGUCGACAGCUUUGGGCCCAUCAUGCGUGACGUGGAAAUUGAAUCCGAGGCGAUUGAGGAUCAUGUGUUUGUCGCACGUGCAGAGGACUUUUCAACAUUUUUGCCGCGGAUCGGCGAGCUGCGCAAAAAAGUCAUGACUUUGAUGCGGCUGCUCGGUGGCAAGGCCGAUGUCAUCAAGGGCUUUUCCAAGCGCUGUAACGAACAGUACUCGGUUACCCCCCGAGGUGACAUUGGUCUCUAUCUGGGUGAUAUUCAGGAUCACGUUGUCACCAUGGUGUCCAACUUGUCCCACUUUGAGAAGAUGCUCAGCCGUUCUCACGGCAAUUAUCUUGCCCAGUUGAACGUGAGCAACAUCAUUGUCGGCAACAGCGUCAACCGGACCUUGAGCAAGGUGACCCUGAUUGGCAGUCUGCUGCUUCCCCUGAAUCUGGUCUGUGGUCUCUGGGGCAUGAAUGUCCCCGUGCCUGGGAUGGACAGUGGCUCUUUGGCUUGGUUCUUUGGCAUCCUUGGUUUUAUUCUUUUCAUGAUUGUAACAACAACUAUUGUUGCUCGUUACUAUAGAUUGUUCUAG